UAUACAAUAAAUGGUUGGCGUGAAAUUAUGGUUGGCAUUGAUGAUACAGAUAGUUCAUAUAAUUUCCGUUUAAUUAUGGCAUCAGAUCCUACAAAAGCAUCUAUUGCUUUAACUAAAUCAUCUGAAUUUGAAAAAUUUAAAAUUGGAGAUAGAAUUGAAAUAUCACCAGAGUCAAUGAAAAUUUCUAAACAAAUUGCAAAACAUAUCAAAGAUAAUGGAGGCGCAUCACUUAUUAUUGAUUAUGGACAAGAUUAUAUUCAAGGGAAUACCUUGAGG